AUGAAGUGGUGGUCACUCCCGGUUCUUAUUCUGGGUCUCAGUACUCUUUGGAGUGGAACCCACUCCGCUACCUGUGCAAAGGAUGGUGCUUGCGAUGCAACUCUCCAAGCAUGGCAAACGGAACAUAUCAUGCUCACUAUCCUCGAUCAACUCCCAGACGUCGGUAUGGGUGCAACAUCUCCUGAUCAAAUUAUGGAUCCAGAACUGAAGAAGUUCUACCAAGAGAUUCAGGCCGAUAUAUCGGAAAAGUAUAGUAGAGACAAGAAUGCGGAGUUUCUAUUCUUGGAUGCCGAAGAUCCAUCAGCUGGAGAAGAUCGAUCUCAAUUCGUGGCUGCUUUCAAUAUGUCUGCAGAUCUCAAAGGCAUGGUUGUGGUUGAAGCUCUUCUCCAUGUUGCAACCAGUCUCCCGUCGUUUGAACAACACUCCGUCCAUGAAGUCAAUGUGCAGGUAUUCGAGAAGAAAACUGAUAUGAGUCUUGGAGAGCUUGUGACCACUGCCACGUUCUUGAUCAAAGGAAGUCAGAGAAUUUCCAUUCAACUUCCAGUAGAUGCUGUCAAAAGAUGGUUCACUGACGGAAAAAUCGGAGGACUUUUCGUUUCUGCCAUGGUCAAGGAUCACAAUAUAGUUGUUCACCCACAACAAGCAAUCAGUAAAGCGGACACCAUGAUUCUCCAAGUCGUCUCCCGUGACCCACGUUAUGGAAUAAGCAAACCAUCCCGCACUCGUCGCUCUGCCACCCCAGUUUGCACCGAAAACAAUCCAUCAAAAGGAUGCUGCCUCUACGACAUGCAAAUCUCUUUCGAGAAAGUAGGAUGGGGAUGGGUUGUCGCUCCACACCGCUACGAUGCCUUUGUGUGCAAAGGAAACUGCAAAUUGAACUCCCACCACUACCUCAACGACUACGGACACUCCAAGAUCAUGCGCUCGUAUAGUCUCAAAUUCCUUCAACACGAUGAAGAACUCAACAAGCUUGGCUUCUGCUGUCACCCAACUGAGUACGACUACAUCAAGCUCAUUUAUGUCAAUCGUGAUGGCAAAGUGACUCUGGCCAACGUCAAUGGAAUGGUUGCUCGUCGCUGCGGAUGCGCCUAA